AUGACGUUGUAUAUAGGCCUCUGGUUGCCUGUUUUUUUUCUCCCCUUUAUUUUGGGAGAAGAAUGCGGAUAUUCCCUAUGUCCUCCCACCAAAGAUGAUCACAUCAAUGUUCACCUUGUGCCUCACACCCAUGACGAUGUUGGAUGGUUGAAAAAUAUCGACCAGUAUUACUUUGGCGAUGCCAAAUUUUACCAGACAGCUGCGGUUCAAUACAUUCUUGAUUCCGUUAUGCAUGCAUUGGCAUUAAAUCCUAACAGAAAGUUUGUUUACGUUGAGAUGGCGUUCUUUGAGCGUUGGUGGCGCCUUCAAACCCCGGCCAUGCAGGACGUAGUUCAUAAGCUGGUUAAAAAUGGUCAAUUGGAAUUCGCCCUUGGUGGAUGGUCCAUGAAUGAUGAAGCCGUAGUUCACUACAGUGACUCAAUUGAUCAACUCACUCGUGGUUUGGCUUUUCUUAAUGCCACUUUUGGAGACUGUGGCCGACCUAGAGUUGCUUGGCAGAUUGAUCCCUUUGGGCACGCUCGACAACAAGCUCGAAUAUUCACGGAGGCUGGUUUUGAUGGAGUCUUUUUCCAGCGCAUGGAUUACAAGGAAAAACGUAAACGGUUGAAAGAAAAGACUAUGGAAGUUCUUUGGAAGGUAGAUCCUGCAAAUAAUAAGAGCCAUCUUUUCACUCAUAUACUCUAUCAAAGCUACUGCUCACCGCCAGGAUUCUGUUUUGAUGCAAAAUGUGAUGAUCCACCGAUGAUAGUCGAUCCCCUUGCUACCAAUUAUAAUGCCCCUCAGAGAGUUAGCCAGUUCCUUGAAUAUGUAAGAAUGGUCUCAUCCAGCUACGCCACAAACCACAUUUUUGUACCAAUGGGUUGCGAUUUCACUUAUGAGAAUGCCAACUUAAAUUUCAUCAAUUUAGAUAGGCUAAUUGAGCAGGUGAAUGCCCAACAGCAAAAGGAAUGGUCAAACGGAAAAUUCAAGUCAUCGGGAAACGUAAAGCCUGUUCAUCUUCUCUACUCCAGUCCAACUUGCUAUAUUAAAUCGGUGAAUGCAGCUUUUAAGAAACAGGGCACAAUACCACAGAGGGACGGGGAUUUCUUCCCUUAUGCUAGUGCUUCCAACACCUUCUGGACGGGAUUCUAUACCAGCAGGCCUUCACAAAAGCUAAUGGUUCGAGAAGCUUCCUCGUUGCUAGCAGCUUGUGAGCAGGCCCACCUUAUAAAGCCAAAUCUCGGGUCCCGUUAUCGAUAUCCAACCCAAAACAUCUAUGAUUUUAAAAAUGGUAUCGCUCAAACUCCCGAUCAAGUUGUCGACCAACUUCGAAGAGUAAUGGGUGUGAUGCAGCAUCAUGAUGCAGUAACCGGUACCGAUAAACAGCAUGUCUCCAAUGACUACCGUCAGCGUCUAACAGAUGCCAUGAAGGGAUGUAGUCAACUCGUUAGCGCUGUAGCUGACACCCUAUUGGAAAAAAGUUACAGUUCUCAAGGAGGUGGUUUUAGUGCUUGUGAGAAUCUUAAUGUCUCUGUGUGUCCGCCACUUACUUCAAAAUCCCUUCAUCCUAAUACUCUAAUUGCUGUCUACAACCCCCUUGGUUGGAAUGAUAUCCAGCCCUGGCUGCGAGUGCCCCUUUAUGCUACGAAGGACCAACUCGAUUGGCUGUCCUCCUUCACUCUGACUGAUUAUACCACUGGUGAGACGAUACCCUUCCAAGUUGUUCCAGUACCACUGCCUGUUCUGAAACUUCCAGAAAGGCGCCCACUUCACCACAAAGGCUCUUCCGAACUGAUCUUUAAACCUAGUGAAGGUCUCAAACAAGCCGGUUUUACACUUUUUGCACUGAAAGGUGAAGCAAGUAGUGACUAUGGAAAAUCUUACAGGUACGGAUACAAGCGUCCAGUGAAUCAACAGCGGUUUUCGUUGGAAAUCGGUCCAGAUAACCUACCACUAUUUCGCAGCAGAGAGGGUCAUAGCAUAUCCAUGCGAUUUCUAAAUUAUGACGCGAAUUUCUACAGUAGGCCAUCUUCCGGAGCCUACGUUUUCCGAGCUCUUAGUGAAGCUGCUGCUUUUGGAAAUCCAAUUUCGGAAAUAAUCCGUGGAGAAUUGGUGACCGAAGUUCGCACAAACUUCACUUCAUGGGCUUAUCUCUCUGCUCGUCUCUACGCCGAUGAUAAAAUUGAAGUUGAAUGGAUUAUUGGACCCCUUCCACAGAUCGGCCAUCGUGUUAGUGAAAUUAUUCUACGCUAUCACGUUGAAGGUCCUGGCAUUCUACCAAAUAAUCGUGGAGAGUUCUACACUGACUCCAUGGGUAAUGACCUCAUUCGCCGACAACGACUGGGUACUGAAGAUGCCGAAACUAAUUAUCCUAAAAUGGCCGAGAUUAUUUCUCCCAACAUGUGGGGUCGAGAUUCACGUGACUCCCUGAAGAAUCAUCGCAUUGAGGGAAGCUACUUCCCAGUUGUGAAUCGCAUCAUGAUCAAAGGAACAACGUAUGUCUUCGCAGUAUACACUGACCGAUCCGAAGGAGGUUCAAGUUUGGCAGACGGAGACAUUGAACUCAUGCUCCACAGAGCAACUACUGUUGACGAUGGCUUGGGUGUUGGUGAGCCACUCAAUGAACGGGCAUAUGGUAUCGUUGUCAGAGGCGUUCAUCGGCUUGUACUUGACGAAGUUUCAAAGGUUAACCAAAUAGACGUCCGACUAGCUCAAGAAGUCUCUCGACCUCCAUCCCUCUUCUUUAAAGAUCGUUCCAACGACUCACGCUCAGCCGACCGCUCGGCCAAAUACUCCAUUCUCACCAAAAGCCUACCACAGUUCCUCCACCUGCUAACAGUCCAACAAUGGCCCGUAGAAGGUGAUCUAACGAUAAAAAAUCAACUUCUUGUCAGAUUUCAACAUGUCGGGACAGUUGAGGUGGGACCAAUAAGGUUUGAACUCAGUGACGCCUUCACCUUGGGCAGGGUAGCUAAGGCGACAGAAAUGACCAUCACAGCUAAUCAAUUAGUCAGAAAUGCCAAAAUGAAUAGCCUUGUGUGGCCAGAUGGAUCCGAAAGGACUUUCGAAAGAGCGAUAAACGGCAACUCCACGCAAGUGACACUACAACCCGGGGAAACGAAGACUUUUAUUCUGUUUUUGUGA